AUGGGUUUAACCUUGCAUUUAUUCUUAGCUAUUGCUCUCGGUUUCGGGGCGUACAUUGCCUACAACACAUAUGUGGCUCCACCAGUUGAGGUGGAGGUUGAGGAAAACGGGUGGUUUGGAGCGGGGCCACCGCGUUCAGAUGACCUUACCGUACAUCCAUUCAAAGUAGAAGUUCCUGAUGAUGUUCUUGAGGAUCUCAAACACAGAUUGGUCAACUCCCGAGUUUCGCAUUCCUACCUCGAAGAUUCUGACAAUUUCUGGUACGGAUUUAAUUCCCGUGAACUGGAAGUAUUCAGAAAGUAUUGGUUGUACAAUUAUAACUGGAAAAAACAAGAAGCCAUCAUAAAUCAAUUUAAACAAUUCAAAACAGAGAUAGAAGGUCUAAAGGUUCAUUUUAUUCAUGAACCAGCCGCCAAGGGUUACAAGAAAGUGUUGCCACUUCUUAUUGUUCAUGGCUGGCCUGGUAACGUUUACGAAUUCUAUAAGAUGAUCCCCAUGCUGACUGAUCCGAAAAAACAUGGAAUAAAGUCUGAUGUUGCUUUCGAGGUCAUCGCACCGUCAAUCCCUGGAUAUGGAUGGUCAGAGCAACCAAAGAAGACUGGUUUCAGCCAGGUAGCAUGCGCACGAGUGUUUAGAAAAUUAAUGGAACGACUCGGAUUCAAGAGAUUUUACCUCCAGGGUGGUGACUGGGGUUCUCUUGUUACCUCAAACUUGGCUAAACUCUACCCCGAUCAAGUUUUCGGCAUUCAUUUGAACAUGAUGGCUGCCUUGCCGGGCGCUUCCAUGAAAGCGCUCGUACUUGACGUACUGGGAACUCUAUUUCCUAAGUUCAUCUUCUCAUCGUCUUCGCACCACGAUCACAAUAUGUUGAACAAGAUGUGGGGAAUGAUUGUUGAAAGCGGUUAUAUGCAUUUACAGGCAACAAAGCCGGAUACUGUAGGUACCGCUCUUAACGAUUCUCCGCUAGGAUUGGCUGCAUAUAUUUUGGAGAAAUUUUCAACAUGGACAAAUCUGAAAUAUACGGAACUUCCAGAUGGAGGGCUGACUAAAAAAUUCUCUCGCGAUGAACUGCUAACCAUUGUGAUGAUUUAUUGGGUGAACGGAAACAUCGUCUCAUCCCAAAGAUUCUAUCGUGAAUACUUUUUGGAUUCGCGAAACACAGCCUUACAAAAGCAGUAUUUGCGAGUUCCCACUGCUCACGCAUCCGGAAUGAACGAGGUCUUUGACAAAACACCACCAGAGAUUUCUUCCGCAUUGUGCAAUCUCACCCAUUACACCGCCAUCGAAGAUAUGGGACAUUUCGCGGCGUUUGAAAUGCCUCAGCCACUUGCCGCCGACAUUUUUGAUUUUGUUAAUUCAUUGGAGCAACAUUCCUCAGGUCAAACCAAACAUUAG